AUGAGCACCAUCCAGAGCCUAAAAAAUUUCAUACGUCAUGGGAAACAAGCCCGCCUUGUCACCCCCCAUGCGGAACCUACCACCAACGUCUCUGCCGUCCACGCUGAACAACAGCGUCAACCCCAGGGUUCAUUUUCUCCCGCUGCUGGGAAUCUAGACGCAAUUGAUAGCAAAAUGGGGAGUGGUCAGCCCCAAGCCUCACAACGGUCAUCUCCCGAAGCUCCCGUCAAGAGGGGCCGAGAGGCCGAAAUCGAACAGAUCAUCGCCGAAGAGAAGAGUAGUCGCUCCAAGAUGCCCAAGUAUCCGGGGUUGGAGCGUUACGCCUUGCUGGAGAAAAUGGGCGACGGUGCCUUCAGCAACGUUUACCGCGCCAAGGAUACCACUGGUGAAUAUGACGAAGUUGCAAUCAAAGUGGUUCGAAAAUUUGAGAUGAAUAGCACACAGUCUGUCGCCCUGCUACAUCCUGACUUCAAAAAAAAGCCGAAAGCUGCGGAGCGAGCCAACAUCUUGAAAGAAGUACAAAUUAUGCGCCAAAUUGAUCACCCGAACAUCGUCAAACUGGUUCAAUUUUCCGAGUCGCGCCAAUAUUACUAUAUUGUCCUGGAACUUUGCCCCGGCGGUGAACUUUUCCAUCAGAUUGUUCGCUUGACGUACUUCAGUGAAGACCUCAGUCGCCAUGUCAUUCUGCAAGUUGCUAAAGCAAUUGAAUAUCUACACGAAACAUCAGGUGUUGUGCAUCGUGAUAUCAAACCCGAGAACCUCCUUUUCUAUCCCACAGAAUUCAUCCCCUCGAAACACCCAAAACCAAGUCAGCCCGGUGAUGAGGACAAGGUGGACGAAGGAGAAUUCAUUCCCGGCAAGGGUGCUGGUGGGAUUGGCACAAUCAAGAUCGCCGACUUUGGCCUUUCCAAAGUCAUCUGGGACAGCCAAACGAUGACCCCAUGUGGUACUGUCGGCUACACUGCUCCCGAGAUCGUCAAGGAUGAAAGGUACUCCAAGAGUGUGGACAUGUGGGCGCUGGGAUGUGUUCUCUAUACCCUCCUCUGCGGAUUCCCACCUUUCUACGAUGAGAGCAUCCAAGUCCUCACCGAGAAGGUUGCCCGGGGGCAGUAUACCUUCCUAUCACCGUGGUGGGAUGACAUCUCCAAGUCAGCGAAGGACCUGAUUUCCCAUCUCUUAACCGUUGAUCCUGAGGAGCGGUAUUCCAUUAAGCAAUUCCUGGCCCAUCCGUGGAUUCGACAGACCGACGAGGAGACACAAGCUGCCUCGGACGCCCCACCGCUAACAACGCCCUCGCUAAGGGAAGUCCGCAACCAACCACUAGAUGCAGUCGCAGCGGACCUUGCGCCGUACCCACCGGCAAGCGCGCAGCUGGCCACUACAGACCGGCCCAUGGAUUUCAGAUCUCCCGGGGCGAUCAACUUGCGGGAAGUCUUCGAUGUCGGUUACGCUGUCCACCGACAGGAGGAAGAGGGCAAACGACGCAAAGCUGGCCGUGGGUAUCGCCAGAGUAACCCGACUUCUGCGUUCCAAUCAGCUCUCAACCCACUCAAUGAAGACUAUGAUGACGAGGAAGGGAUUCCCUAUCAAACCGUUAACGACGAUGGGCAUCCUCCGGCGAAAAUCCAGAAGCAUGCUGGCGAUGUCGCUGCAGUGGAAGCUAAAAUGCGCCAAACUAACCUGGGAGCCACCAGCCAUGCUGCUCAGGCGCGGCAAUCCAACCAACCCCGUCAGCAGCAGGGCUAUGGGCAACACAGCGCUCAUGUUGCGGCUGCCGCAAAGCAGAAUAUAGUCCGCAAUGCCCGGGGACCAUUUGAACUCAGUCUGGACAAUGCAACUUUGCUAGAAAAGCGAGGCAGGAGGCAACAAGAACAGCCUGCUGUCUAG